GAAAAGCACAUGGGUAAACUAUAAAGGGUUGGGUGGAGCCAGUCAGCUGAUUCGAGUAUCCUCCCUCCCACACUAACCCCACCACUCACCCAUACGUAUUACCCGGCACCACUCUCCAACCCUCCCCCACUCUCACAGUCCCUCGUGCCGUCUCCCGUUAGCUCCUCCCCUUGCUCCCUCCUCUGUCUCUCCCGCGCUCCGGUCCUCCCUCCCCAGCGCAUCAGGCCACCUCCACGGACCGAUCAAUAUCGCGAGAGGUUACUGCAGUGAAGGGAACACGAAGGCGGCCUCACAGCGUGCUCUGCUGAUAGUUUUCUUGCUAUUAUUUCAUCGCCUAGGAACCCUUGGCACCCAUCGUCCCAUGCCCGCUUUCCUCAGCACCUCGUGGGCUCGGGAAACGCGCCGCCAGACAGUGUAGUGUUGUGUGGUGGUGAGGAGACAGCGAAGUGUAGUGAGUGUGUGUGGCGCGAUCAGGAGCUUGCCGGUCGACGACAUUUGGGUUCCCAUUGCUUCCCAACUCCAGUUGCAGGAUGGCGGUGCGGGGCGUGAUGACUCCCCAUGGAUGGUACGUAAAGGCACUACCCUCGGGGGAGCCAUACCCCCUGGAGUCCCGCUUGAACCCACUGUUCCGUGAGGCAGGUGUCACCACGCUUUGUGGCGCCCUCAAGUACAGCGCCUCAUUGCACGGUUCCAAGCCCUGCAUGGCCACCAGGCAGCUGCUGCGGCGGGAACGGGAAGAGAAGAACGGGAAGACGUUUGAAAAACUGGAGUUGGGCGAGUACCGAUGGAAGACUUACGAGGAGGUGCAGCAAGCAGCGGUGGAGGUGGGCCUCGGUGUGCGACGUCUGGGACUAGAGCCACUGGACCGCGUGGUGAUCUUCGCUGAGACCCGUGCCGAGUGGCUGACUGCUGCAAUGGGCUGCCUACAGCACCGCAUCACAGUGUGCACGUUGUACACCACGCUCACCGACGCUGGGGUGGCUCACGGCAUCAAUGAAACAGAAGUCUCACUUGUUUUCACAUCCUUCGACCUGCUACCUCGCGUGGCCCGCGUGUUGCAGCAGUGCCCUCGGGUCACAACGGUGGUGGUGAUGGAGGAUCAGUUAGAAGACGUAGGCGACACCAGUAAAAUCCCCUCCAAUGUCCGCAUGGUGCCCUUCAAAUCCUUCUGUCAAAAGGAUCCCGCAGUGGCGGCAGUCUCGACGCCGGUGCCACAGGCGGACGACGUGGCCAUCAUUAUGUACACAAGCGGGUCGACGGGUACUCCGAAGGGCGUGGAGCUGUCACACACCAACAUCCUGGCUAGCGUGGUAGCUUACUCCGUCCAGAUGAACGUGGGGCCACAGGACCGCUACCUUUCCUUCCUCCCGUUGGCACACAUCAUGGAGCUCGCUUCCGAGAUCGCCCUCAUCUCUCUUGGCGCUACUAUCCUGUACUCCUCUCCGCACACUCUCACCAGCACCAGCCCCAAGGUGAUGCGAGGCACCGAGGGGGACGCCAAGGUUGCACGGCCCACCGUCAUGAACGCUGUGCCGCUGGUGCUGGACCGCAUCAUCAAGGGUGUGACACAGAAGGUGGAGAAACAGGGCUGGUUGAAGAGCCUUGUGUUUAGCGAAGCCGUUAAGUACAAGUUUUGGCUCGAGUACAUCCCCUUCACUUCUUACUUCAUGAACACGUUUAUCUUCAGAAGAGUGCAAGAAGAACUGGGCGGUGAGCUAAAGCGGUUGGUGGUAGGUGGGGCACCACUCUCUCCUCAGACCCACGACACCAUGCGAGCCAUCUUUGACGUGUCCAUCCAAGUCGGGUAUGGAUCUACGGAAACUUCUUCGUGCAUCAGCGGUAUGGACGAGGACGAUACCAUCACUGGCCACACGGGGGGCCCAAAUCUGGGCGUGCUGAUGCGGCUGGUGGACUGGGAGGAAGGAAACUACCGAGUUACAGACAAGCCGAAUCCGCGCGGCGAGAUCGUGGUGGGCGGCCCCGUUGUGUGCAAAGGCUACUUCAAGCUGCCGGAGGAGAACAAAACCGCGUUCUUCGAGGAGGACGGAAUGAGGUGGUUCCGCACAGGUGACAUUGGCGAGGUGAACUCCCUCGGCUCCAUAAAGAUCAUCGACCGUAAGAAAGAUCUGGUGAAGCUGAAGCACGGCGAGUACGUGUCUCUGGGUAACACGGAGUCCAAACUGAAGACUCUAAAUAACGUGGAGAACAUCUGCGUCUUUGCCGACUCCACCAAGGACAAGACGGUGGCGGUGGUGGUGCCCUCGGCGGAUCGGCUGUGGAAGGUUGCGGCCAGCGUGGGAAUUGAUGAGGGUACGCUUACCAUCGAGGAGCUGUGCACUGACGAGCGGGUAAAAGAGGCCAUCCUGAGGGAGCUGCAGGCGCACGGUAAGAAGUGUGGCCUCACGCGGUGGGAAGUGCCCGCCGCCGUGUACCUGACUCUGGAACCCUGGACGCCCGACACCGGUCUGGUCACAGCGGCUCUCAAGCUGCGCCGCAAACAACUGAGUCACCACUAUGAACACAGCGUCCACGACAUGUACUCACGGCUCGAUUAACACGAACGAUCUGGCCCGACACCUUUGGCCAGAUACUUGGCGCCCUGCCCUUAGUUCCGUAACCAAAGGCUGGUCGGUCAUCCAUGUAACACUGAGUCACGCGUUGGCGAUCAUACGUCUUAAUUCCUAACACAUCAAACACUAUACACUUAAGACAGAGAGAAUGUGAAGAACUUAUUUAGAGUCGUGUACAUAAUAAUUCGCAUUCAUGAACCAUUUGGCCCUGCGUGACACAUACAUCCCUCCACCUUUGUGCCUCCGCGUACCUUACCCCUGCACAGCCUCUUAAUCUUGCCUGCACUCGCCCCUCAUCAUCCCCAACCCCGUACCCUGGCACUGUGGUAUUCAUGUUUGGACCUUCCAGGGUCCUUUCAGGUUCCACAAUUAAGCCAACCAAAUCCGUCAACCUAAAUCCUCGUCUUUGUGCAAAAUGAACCUGUAAGCGGACACGCCGCCAACACAUUUGCUCUUACCUGCUGCUAAUUAAGCAGCUCCCACCUGUAGCUCAACAACAAAGGCAUCAAUUGCUAAUGUCGCUUAAUCUCGUCUCGGGAAGCAACACUUAGGCUUCAGUUGGCGGCCUCACGCAUCACCUCUUUAGUUUGCUACCCUGGAGUCCUUGCUUCACCCCGUGACACUCACUGAGGGAGGCGGGCGGAGCUAGAUAAUCCCUCCCUCUACCUUUACUAUCACCACCACCACCACCUCUUCGAUCUCAUUUCUUCGCUGUCGCCGCAGCACCUCACAUUUUUUGCCUUAUGAUAAUGCUUUUACUUCAGUCAUCAUUGUCUAUAUCAUCACUGGUGUGUGUGUGUGUGUGUGUGUGUGUGUGUGUGUGUGUGUGUGUGUGUGUGUGUGUGUGUGUGUGUGUGUGUGUGUGUGUGUGUUAUACAGUAUAUUCUUCAAUGUGCACGUAGUGAUACUAAUCCUUUGGCUCAAUAUAUUUAUUACAUACCUACAUACAAGUUCUAUAAUAAAUAUGAACAUACAUAUACAGGGUUUAAGUAGCAAGUUACUGAUGUUACGAAGGUAUACACUGGUGUAUACAAAAUGGUGUGUGUGUGUGUGUGUGUGUGUGUGUGUGUUUAACUAUCAUCUACAUUGAUAUUUCAUUGUAAUAUGUAUACAAAUAUUUAGAGAGCCUCUUCGUUGCGGUAUAAGCAACCGAGGAUCUUCCGAGGAAAAAGCUUAGACUAGCUAACUUGAUAUUAAUAACUUCGAUAACUAAUUCCAUAACGAUCAAGCCUCAAGUUACACAUUCCUUAUUCCGUGAAUAACACCCAGGAAUUAUGUAAAAA